AUGCCUGCCGAGUCGAGGAACUUCUAUCCCAACCUCCAGAGGCAGGUCACUGCCACGGCGAGCGGUUCGAAUGUGGUGAGCUAUAGCUCAGAGCUCGGUAAGGACAAGCCUAUCUUGACCCUAAUUCACGGAUAUCCGCAAUCCUCUUUCAUCUGGCGUAAUGUGAUCCCAAAGCUCAGCAAAGAGGUCUCCUUCUUUGUGCCGGAGCUUCCGGGUUACGGUAUCAGCAGCCCAGCGAGGAGCAGCGCCCCGAGAGACAUUGGCGGUGCACUCCUCGAGGCUCUCCAAUCUGUUUUCAAGCUCUCCGGGUCGUCACCUCGGCGCCUCAUACUCGGGGGACAUGACCGCGGCGCGCGCAUCUGUCAUCGCUUGGCCGUGUCCAAAGCCGACUUCCCAUUCGUCAAAGUCAUCGGUGUGGUUCUGCUGGACAUCGUCCCUACCAAAGUGCAGUGGGACAAUUUCUCGAACCCGGCCGUUGCAACAGGCUACUUCCAUUGGCCACUGCUGGCCAACGUCGAGGUAGCUGUUCAGAUGAUCAAGGCGUAUGGGGGAGCGCAGUGGUGCCGAAACGCGCACAUGAGGCUGGCAGGCAGCAAGGAAGGGCUGGCUAGGAUCCAGUCGGACAAUGCCAUCGAGAUCCACGCUGAGCUGUUUGAUGAAGAGGAGACGUUGCGGCACACCUGCGAGGAUUAUGCGGCCGGAGCUGCGCCCGAGUAUAAAAAGCAGGAGGAUGACCAGAAGGCAGGCAUAAAGAUUAAUGUUCCGACUUUGGUGAUGUUCUCCCAGCAAAACCUCGGUGCGAAGAUGAACGUCGCAGGUAUUUGGAAGAACGACUGGAUCGAGGCUGGCGUGUGGAGCAUAGCUGAGGGAUGGAUGUUUCAAAAUGGGAUGAUGCUAGAAUAUCAGCCAGGUCUGUAUCAGGUCGAAAAGGAUUCUGGUUCCGAGAGGGGAGAGCAGAAAGGGUUGACGUCACUGGUGUCAGCCGUCAUCGCUGCCUGGAUGCAUGUGCACUCAAUGCUCGGGGACUCAACAACUCUUCCUGGCGAGAAUGAAAGAAAUGGACUGCGUGGCGUAAUACAAAUCAAAAUGAGCAAACCGAUUCGAUCAGUUGAUGUCAAAGGAAGGUACUUCUGGGUGGACGGCAAACGACUCCUGGUCAAAGGAGUUGUGUACCAGGACCGCAGCAGAUUAAGCGACCCGCUCUCCGACGACGGAAUCGUGGACUUGCGAAGGGAUUUGGAAGUGUUCGAGGAGCUGGGACUCAACACACUCUUUGUUUACCAGGUUGAUCAUACGAAGAACCAUGAUGCAGCAAUGAAACUUCUUGAGGACUCCGGCAUCUAUGUCUUGGUUUGCCUGUGCACUCCAGAAUGUUCCAUCAACAGAUUGGCACCGCUCGAGUCGUACAAUCAAGACUUAUUGGGCCACUACUUCUCCACCGUCGAUUGCAUGGCAACUUAUUCAAACACCCUUGGCGUGCUGGUUGCGAACGAAGUCAUCAAUGACCAGGCCUCAACAGCUGCUGCACCUGUCAUCCGGGCAGUCACCCGGGACAUAAAAAGAUAUAUGGCUCUAGCUCAUGAAGCUUCCGAGCAGCGUAUCCUGCCCAUUGGCUACAGCGCUGCAGAUGUCAGGAUGAAUACCAGGCCAUCUUUUGAUUAUCUCACUGCUGAUUCUGUGGAUGAAUCUAUCGAUUUCUUUUGCUUUAACAACUAUUCAUGGGCUGGUAGGAACUCAUCCAUGGAGAUUUCCGGAUACGAUCAACUCGUCAACGAGUUCUCCGACACGCAUAUUCCCGUCUUUUUCUCCGAGUAUGGGUGUAAUACCGUCAAGCCCCGCGUGUUCCACGAGACCACAGCUAUCUACUCGCCCGAGAUGACACAUGUAUUCUCUGGCGGUUGUGUAUACGAGUUCCACCAGGGUCCAAGCAACUAUGGCAUUAUCAAAACAUCGCAGCGUCCCGACGGAAGUCAUCGACUGGUCAAGACCGAUGAGUUCAAGACGCUCAAGAAGAGGCUCCAGGGGUGCACUGAGCAGCCCAGCUCAGUUGAGACGCCGGAAACAGAUCAGGCUGUAGCGGCGACGCAUGCGUUUCCGGAACUUUCAGACACGUGGAGAGCGUCUCGUGACGUGCCUCCCAGCCCCAUCGACUGGGAAGCAGUGUGUUCACAGCUGGAUCUGAGGUCGUGGGUCGUACUCCGGGAUGACAUGCAGAGAGGCGGUACCGUGCCGAGGCAAGCCGAUGAUUUCAACCUAAGUCUCCAAGUUGCCUUGGACUUGCAAAUUGGCAAGAGACGAUGA